AUGGUGAAAAAUAGAAGCGAAACGACACAAACAAGUAGAAAAUUACUUAUUGUGGGUGAUUCCAUGUCUGGAAAAAGAACAUUAUUACUUUCAUUUACAACAAACCAAUUUAUUACCGAUGAUACUCGACAUAUUAUCGACACACCUGUUGUUCCGAUACACAUUUAUAUGGCUCUUUUUGACAUAAUUGCUGCAGAAGAACAUGAUCAUCUUCGUUCAUUAUAUUAUAAUGGAACAAAUAUUGUUCUUAUAUGUUUUAGUGUUGAUAAUCCAGCCUCACUUACGAAUGUUAUAAAAAAAUGGACACCAGAAAUUCGAGUUCAUUGUAAUCAAUGUCCUGUGAUAUUAGUUGCAUGUAAAAUAGAUCUGAGAAAUGAUCCACAAAGAAUUGCUGAACUUGAAACACAAGGUGAAACAUUGAUAACAAGUGAAAUGGGGAGACGAACAGCAGCAAAAAUUAGAGCUGAUGCUUAUAUGGAAUGUUCAGCUAAAACUAAUGAUGGUGUACAAGAUUUAUUUAAUCGAGCUGCUCAUUUAUCAGUUAAAGAUCGUUCUCAUCGUACUGUAAAAUGUCAAUGUGUUUUACAAUGA